AUGAGAGGACAUCUGUCAGUAGCACAUGCCUCGAUAUUGACUGACAUUACUGAUACAGAAAAUGAAGAUGAAAAUUUGUCAAAUAAACGUGGCCAUGUACAAGGGUCCUUGUACUCAAGCACGAAAAAAUUCAAGAUAGAAGCAGGAUCAAGUGCAUCAACGUCCAAACAAUCUUCUGUUAAUGUUCUGGGUCAGGAAACAACUGCUGGAUCAACCUGCUCAACUUCUAUUCCUGGUGUUAGCAGUUCAACAAGUAGAUCCAAAAUUACAAAAAACAUAAAGGAUGUUUUCGUCAAUAUCAAAUCAUUUCAAGAAGGGGACGUCAAGCAUACGAAGCUGACAGACAAAAUUCUUUUCGUGAUAUGCAAAGAUUCUCAACCCUUGACAACUGUUGAGAGAGAAGGCUUUCGAGAACUCAUUGCAUAUGUAGCUCCAAAUUAUAAAUUGCCAUGCAGAAAAAUCUUCGCACGUCAUCUUGAUCAGAAGUACGAAAAACUUUCUGGUGAUUACGAGGAUAUUUUCAAAACAGUUAAAAACAUAACUCUAACGACAGACCUUUGGACUGAUACUUUAAAUACUCGCAGCUUCCUAAGAGUUACGGCUCAUUUUUGGAAGGGAUCAGAAAUCGCCAGCGUCAUCUUAGGUGUCUAUGAAUUUAUAACAUCGCACACAGCUGCUAAUCUUCAAGAAAAGCUACGUAAUGUGUGCCAAGAAUGGGGAAUCACGAUAGAUAAGAUAAGUGCAGUAGUUACUGACAAUGCUGCGAAUAUUGUAAAAGCUGUCGAAGAUUUUAUUGGAAAAAAGUACCAUUUGAGAUGCUGUGCACAUAAAAUCAAUUUCGUCGCUGAAAAAUCAAUUAAAGGUGUUGCAGGAUUGCCAGAUUUAAUACAAAAAGUGAAGAGCAUCGUUACAUGGUUCAAGCAAUCUAACAAAGCAAGCGACGAACUCAGAGCUGCUUACGAACUCAAACUGAAACAAGAUGUGAACACAAAAUGGAACUCUACUUUUUAUAUGCUUCAAAGAUUCAUCCAAAUUCGUCGUGUUGUUCACGAUAUUCUUUACAAUUACCCAUCAGCACCUCCUAUGGUUACUCCACAAGAGUUAGAAAAAUUAACUGAAGUUUGCGAUGUUUUAAAGCCAUUAGAAAAAAUAACACGUGAGUGGUCUGCCGAAAAAUAUGUAACUCUCAGUAAGGUCAUUCCCAUGAUCCAUGGAUUAGUAGAUCAACUCCAGACCGUGGAUGCAAACAAUGGUAUGGCAGAGGAACUAAAAAGGGAAAUGCUGGGUGAGAUCAAACAAAGAUUUGAUCAAGUCGAAAAAGUUCCUAUGUUUGCCAUUGCAACGCUUCUGGACCCAAGCUUAAAGAAAAUUGAUUUUCAAGAUCCUGUAGCUUGUUCACGAGCUGUCCACCUUGUGAAGAACAUGUUACAGCAACAACGUCCACAAUACUCUAACCCAGAUAUUACAGAAACUGAAGAGAUUGCUUCAAAUAUGGCCAGUCUCUGUCGUGAAAUCAGGAAAGAACCGCAAGCCCUACGAUCUCUCAGCAAGUAG